ACUUACAGGAGUAACAGUACAUGCUUAUUUCUUGGUAUGUGACAAUAUAUUGUAUAGUUCUCAGUUUGGAACAGGAUAUUAAUUCGGUGCCAGCAACAUCAAUUACAAUCGACGAAAAUGCAAAACUGGUGGUAUUUGGCAUGAGACAUGGCAACCGUCAUCCGGGAAAGUUUUUGAACGAGAAUUCGCGAACUUGGGGUUUUGAAGGGGUUUAUGAAUUAACACAGUUCGGCAAACGUGAAGGAUUUGGUUUUGGCAGGGAGCUUCGUGAAUUCGUCGGUCCCUUGGUUGGUAACAAUUAUAUUCAACAUGAAGCGACAUUCUAUACUUCUAGCGCGAAUCGUUGUCAAAUGACGCUACAGGUCGUUAUGGCAGGUUUAUAUCCGCCAGAUACAUUUGCCGAAUGGAAUCAUGCUCUAGAAUGGUCACCGGUACCAUACAUCAUCGAUGAUCCAAUGCUACGAAUGUAUUCCGUCCCAAACUGUAGCACUUCUCAACGAGCUUGGGAGCCAAUUAUUCAUGAUAAUUUACCUGAAUUAAUGCACAUGAUUUCUGCAAAUGCACAACUAUUGGAAUAUAUGACGGAACACACGGGAUGGAACAAAUCAAUCGAAAGCGCUUCCAACCUGGCGGAUAACAUCUUAGAAAUGAAUUUGUAUAACAUAAGCUUACCGGAUUGGAUUGAGCGACCCACUUUGAAAGAAUUUGACAAAUGGUCGAUGAAAGAGGCCAUAAUGAUGUUCCUAGAGAAGCAUUCAGUUACUUGUGUCAACUAUGAACCAUGUCGCGAUAUUAUGGGUGGUAUCUGGCUCAACCACAUUUUAACCAUUCUCCGUAAUACUGUUGAUGGACACCAAACUCAAAAACUCAUCGGUUAUGUUUCGCAUUUCGAAGUGACACUAUCGGUGAUGAAGUUAUUACGAAUAAAUCAAACCUAUCUGGACACGGCAGCCGGUUUCAUGUUGGAAUAUCGCGAUAAACCAAAUAAAUCCAUUCGACUGCUGUUUCAUGAAGCAUCAGCCAUCGAUAGACAUACCAUUCGACAGGCCGAAUAUCUCGAAGAAUUGAAAGCACUGAGCGAUCUAAAUUACUGGAUACCAUUCGAGUCAUUCUAUCAACUAGUCAAAGAUAAAGCAAUUGCGAAUUGGGAAGAAGCUUGCGGUCUAAAAGUAACACAGUGUGUGGUAUCAGGAAGUGAUAGUGAGAUAUCAUUGCAAAGAACCCUUACUGAUAGUAAUACUGAUAAUACUUUGGCUGGCCAUCCCACUACUUCUUCGGCUCGAUCUGCUGUUUCUUUCUGUAACAUUGUGAUACAUUUGCUGAUCAUUCUAUUGCUUAUUUCAUGAAGGACAGCUAUUGUUAUGGAUUAGCCUAGCACAAAGCAUUCUCAGAUUUGUCUAUACAAGCAAAAUAAAGGUAUGUGGUAGUACCACAAUCCCAUAUCUGGCUGAGGAUCACUUAUGAUGUGUUGAUGAUAAAGUAAGGAAAGAACCGUC